AUGGUAUUAUAUUUAGUAGGUUUAGGAUUGGGUUCCUUGGAUGAUGUGACGGUGCGUGGGGCGAAGGCCUUGGACGAGAGUUCAUAUUUGUAUUUGGAAGCGUAUACUAGCGUGCAAGAGGAUUUAAGUGUUAAUUUUUUGAAGGAGCGAUAUCCGACUAAGGAGGUGAUUGAAGCGGACAGAACAAUGGUUGAGAGUGCAUGUGACGAUAUGUUGGAGCGUGCUAAGAAUUCGGUGGUUAGUUUUCUUGUUGUUGGUGAUCCAUUUGGUGCCACGACACAUGCGGAUUUAUUUCUUCGUGCUAAGGAAAUGGGUGUUGAGAUCAAAAUAUUUCACAAUACGAGUAUCAUCAACGCAGUCGGUACGACAGGACUUCAGUUAUAUCGAUUCGGACAGGUGGUCUCUAUACCAUUCUUCGAUGGCACUUGGAGGCCUACAUCAUUUGUGGACAAGAUCCUAGAGAAUUUCCAAAUGGGACUUCAUACUCUUGCAUUGUUAGAUAUCAAAGUGAAGGAACAAAGUGUUGAAAACAUGAUAAGGCAGAGACCUAUAUUCGAACCACCAAGGUUCAUGACUGUUAAUCAGGCCGUCGAACAAAUCCUCUCCGUGUUAUCCGACAGAAACCUACAGGAAGACAAUGUGCAGCAAGUGGAGAAGCAUAUCCUCACUCCUCAAUCGCUGGCCUGCGGUGUCGCCAGAGUCGGCUGUAAAGAUCAAGUCAUCAGAUUCGGGACUCUAGAAGAACUACGACACUUCGAUUUCGGUAGGGAACUGCAUUCUGUCAUCAUCUGUGCUCCUGAACUGCAUGAAAUAGAAGAAAGCUUCAGGCAGUUAUAUUCCAAAUAA